GCAGCUGUAGUCUGUUUCCGUUUCCCUCUCAGACCAUUGAUCUUUUUCUCUCUCUCAGAAUUUCUUAAAUUUCCUAAAAACUCUCCUUCAACUUCACGUAAUUGAAAAUUCCCCCCAACUUUUACGUAAAAAACCCCUCGAUAGUUCAAUUUAAUUCAAUCCCCUCCACAAGCUGAAAAUUCCCAAAACCCAUCGUCUUUCUCGGAAUUGGGUUUUAACUUUUACCUCCACAUCAAUCUAAAAAAUUUAGGGUUUAUUCGUCUCUGUGAUGACUCUCACCUCCUCCAAUGGCUUACAAUUUCUCACCACACGCACUCCAUUUCUUUGCUCUUAGCGUCCUCGCCCUCUUGACCACAAACCCUAGCCUCUGUGCCGAUUUCGGCGAUGAAUUCUCGAUCAUCGGGUACGGUUUCGACGCCUUUCACAGCGAUUACACGCCGCCGGCGCCGCCUCCGCCUUCUCAGCCGCAGCACCCGCCGUCGCUCACGUGCGAGGACGAUCUUUUUGGCACUGGAUCCCUCAACACCACGUGUGUGCUCAAUUCUAGCAUAGUUUUCAUAGAUGACGUGUAUAUAGAAGGAAAUGGAAGCUUAUAUAUAGGUCCUGGUGUGAGUUUGAGCUGCCCUGUGUUGGGUUGCUCGAUUACGGUGAACAUGAGUGGGGGAUUCAGUUUGGGUAACUAUUCGACUAUUGUCGCCGGGUUGGUGAGUGUCCAUGCUUGGAAUGCGAGUUUGUUUGAGGGGUCGAUUAUCAAUGUGACCGCAUUGGCGGGUGCGCCCCCGGCACAGACCAGCGGCACCCCUGACGGGGUGCAGGGUGCGGGUGGAGGGCACGGUGGGAGGGGUGCAAGCUGUGUGUCGGAUAACACGAAGCUUCCGGACGAUGUGUGGGGUGGGGACGCUUACUCAUGGUCGUCACUGGACGCUCCUGUGAGUUAUGGAAGCAAGGGUGGGACGACUAUGAAAGAAGAGAAUUAUGGUGGGGAAGGAGGUGGGAGGAUUUGGAUUGAGGCUAAUACUACAACUGAGGUUGGUGGGGAUCUUUUGGCAGACGGAGGUGAUGGUGGUGAAAAGGGUGGAGGAGGAUCUGGGGGCAGCAUUUUCGUUGGAGCUCAAAGAAUGACUGGAAGUGGUAGGAUAAGUGCCACUGGGGGUAAUGGAUUUGCUGGAGGUGGGGGUGGAAGAGUUUCCAUCCACGUUUUCAGCAGGCAUGAUGAUACACAAAUCUUUGUUCAUGGAGGAAGGAGUUUAGGCUGUCCUGAAAACUCAGGUGCUGCGGGGACAUAUUAUGAUGCUGUACCUCGGAUUCUUGUUGUCAGCAAUCACAAUAUGUCCACAACGACUGACACACUUUUGUUAGAGUUUCCUAAACAGCCACUUUGGACAAAUGUUUACAUUGAAAAUCAUGCCAAGGCUUUGGUUCCUUUGUUCUGGAGUCGAGUUCAGGUUCGAGGGCAAAUUCAUUUAACAUGUGGCGCAGUGUUGACCUUUGGGCUUGCACAUGUUGCUACAUCAGAGUUUGAGCUAAUGGCAGAAGAGCUUUUGAUGAGUGACUCUGUUGUGAAGAUAUAUGGAGCCCUUCGAAUGUCUGUAAAGAUGCAUUUGAUGUGGAAUUCCAAAAUGCUUAUAGAUGGUGGUGUCGAUUCACUCGUGGCAACGUCCUUGCUCGAGGCCAGCAAUUUAGUAGUUCUCAAGGGAUCCUCGGUGAUACAUUCUAAUGCAAAUUUGGGAGUUCAUGGACAAGGUUAUUUGAAUUUGUCUGGACCAGGAAAUCUGAUUGAAGCACAACGUCUGAUUCUAUCAUUAUUUUUUAGUGUCAAAGUUGGACCUGGAUCUGUUCUGCGUGGUCCCUUGGAGAAUGGCAGUAUUAAUGAUAUGACUCCGCGGCUCUACUGUGAACUCCCAGAUUGCCCUGUAGAACUACUUCAUCCACCUGAGGAUUGUAAUGUGAACUCUACGCUGCCCUUUACUCUUCAGAUCUGUAGGGUUGAAGACAUCAUCAUUGAAGGCAUUAUAACAGGAUCUGUUGUUCAUUUUCACUGGGUUAGAACUGUGGUUGUCCAAUCUUCUGGAGUGAUUAGUGCAUCUGGGCUGGGCUGCACUGGUGGGGUGGGUAAAGGAAGAAUUUUUGAUAAUGGUCUUGGUGGUGGUGGCGGACAUGGUGGCAAAGGCGGGGAUGGAUAUUAUCUUGGCAAUUUUAUCGAUGGUGGUGUUGCAUAUGGAGAUACUGAUCUGCCCUGUGAGCUUGGUAGUGGUAGUGGAAAUGAUAGCCUUGGUGGUGCAACUACUGGUGGUGGUAUUAUUGUCAUGGGUUCAAUAGAGCACUCAUUGUCAAGUUUGUAUCUCAAUGGUUCACUUAGAGCUGAUGGAGAAAGCUUUGGAGAAGAUAUCGGAAAGCAAGAUGGUAUGACCAGUUCAAACAUAGGAUCUGGGGGUGGAUCAGGUGGAACUAUUCUCUUUUUCGUUCAUUCGUUGGCACUUGGUGAUUCUUCUAUGAUCUCAACUGCUGGAGGACGUGGUAGUCCCAACGGUGGUGGUGGUGGUGGUGGUGGAAGAAUUCACUUUCAUUGGUCAGAUAUACCAGUUGGGGAUGCAUAUCUACCCAUAGCAAGUGUGAAAGGAACCAUUUAUGCUGGGGGAGGAAUUGGUAGAGGUCAUGGUCGUUCUGGGGAAAACGGGACUGUUACUGGGAAGGUCUGCCCAAAAGGGCUUUAUGGUAUCUUUUGUGAGGAAUGCCCUGUUGGCACAUUUAAGAAUGUCAGUGGGUCUGAUAGAGCCCUUUGUCGUCAUUGCCCAUCGUAUGAGCUUCCACAUCGUGCCAUAUAUACUACCGUUCGAGGCGGUGUUACUGAGACUCCUUGUCCAUACAAGUGCAUCUCUGACAGAUUUCACAUGCCACAUUGUUAUACAGCACUUGAGGAAUUGGUAUACACAUUUGGUGGACCAUGGUUAUUUGGUCUUAUUCUCUUGGGUAUCCUCAUCCUGUUAGCUUUAGUGCUUAGUGUUGCACGGAUGAAAUAUGUUGGUGGAGACGAAAUACCAGCCCUUGUUCCUGCUCAACCUGUUUCUCGAAUAGAUCACUCCUUCCCGUUUCUAGAGUCGUUGAACGAGGUCUUGGAAACAAAUAGAGCCGAGGAAUUGCAGAGUCAUGUGCAUAGGAUGUACUUCAUGGGGCCAAAUACUUUCAAGGAAGCUUGGCAUCUACCUCACUCCCCUCCUGAACAAGUAAAAGAGAUUGUUUAUGAGGAUGCAUUCAAUAGAUUUGUGGAUGAGAUCAAUGGUUUAGCUGCUUACCAGUGGUGGGAAGGAUCAGUUUACAGCAUUCUCUCUCUCCUUGCUUAUCCGCUUGCAUGGUCAUGGCUACAGCGGUGUCGAAAAAAGAAAUUACAGCAACUUCGUGAAUUUGUUCGAUCAGAAUAUGAUCAUGCAUGCCUACGUUCUUGUCGUUCACGUGCUCUCUAUGAAGGACUUAAGGUAGCUGCAACUUCUGAUCUGAUGCUUGCUUAUGUGGACUUUUUCCUUGGUGGGGAUGAAAAGAGAGCUGAUCUUCCUCCUCGUCUUCAUCAGAGAUUUCCAAUGACUCUAGUUUUUGGAGGAGAUGGAAGUUACAUGGCUCCUUUUUCUCUACACAGUGAUAAUACUCUUACCAGCCUUAUGAGUCAGUCUAUUCCACCUACCAUAUGGUAUCGACUUGUGGCGGGUCUAAAUGCUCAACUACGCUUAGUUCACCGUGGACACCUAAAAAUAUCUUUUGGGCAUGUUAUAAGCUGGCUUGAAACCCAUGCAAACCCUACUUUAAGUACAUAUCGUGUACGUGUUGAUCUCGCUUGGUUUCAGCCUACAGCUUCUGGAUAUUGCCACUUUGGACUUCUGGUAUGUGCUAUUGAAAAUGAAAGUGCCCAGCCAUCAAUUGGAAGUCAAGAUACUUCAUCGCUACCCGAGCAACAUUCAUGUUUGCACAGAAUUCAUAUGGUUGAUCCACUUGUUGAUUUGAGAGUCGGUGAGCAUUCAAUGACGUGCAAGAGAAAUUUUGGAGGGAUUCUACAUGCCAAGAGCUUACGGAUGCUUAAACAGAAGAAGGCUAUAUGUUUUCCCUUCUCUUUCAUAGUUUAUAAUACCAAACCUGUCGGCCAUCAGGAUCUAGUUGGUUUGGUCCUCUCUAUAAUACUACUAGGAGAUUUUAGUUUAGUCCUUCUUACUUUGCUACAAAUGUACUCUAUUUCGCUGUUGGACUUCCUUUUAGUUCUGUUUGUCCUUCCUCUUGGCCUUAUAUUUCCCUUCCCAGCUGGAAUCAGUGCUUUGUUUAGUCAUGGACCUAGGCGGUCGGCAGGUCUUGCUCGUGUAUAUGCUCUGUGGAAUAUCACAUCCUUGAUCAAUGUUGUAGUUGCUUUCUUGUGUGGUUUACUUCACUAUACUACCCAUUCAACUAAAAAGCAUCUAAACUUUCAGUCCUGGAAUUUUAGCGUGGAUGAAAGUGAAUGGUGGAUGCUUCCUUCUGGAUUAGUGCUGUGUAAAAUUAUCCAAGCACGACUCAUCGAUUGCCAUGCGGCUAACCAGGAAAUCCAAGACUUCUCAUUGUAUAGCAGUGACCCCGACGUGUUCUGGCAGUCGUGAGGCGUUCCUUGUACAGCCUAAAAGUGCCCUUUUUUUUGUGUGGCCCUAAUCAUUUUUUCUUACAUAAAUCUUGGGUUUCAGGUAACUUAACGCAUAGGAUAUAAUUUUGAGAGGAUUGGUAAGUGGUGCAUACUAGAGGACUAAAUGGAGAGAAAUAGAGUCAUAGAGACAUCAAAUCUUGUAGCCCCUGUUAACAUGUUGUAGAAGUUUUCUCCAAUAUAUUUGAAAAUAGGCUUUGUCUGUUACCAGUCCAAGCCUGCUCAGUCCCUCAAUUACAAA